UUUAAUCGAUAACCCUAUUGUCUUCUGGCUUCUUCAUCUCUGUUAACGCUUUCUUUUCAUCUUCGUUGACUCCGAUUUCAUUUCGCACUUCAAGGUCUCUACUCUCAGUCGCAAUGUCUUCCGCAACCUCUUCGAUCCAAACAAGAAAGACUCUCAAGUCCCGUCUCCGGGAAGGAGAAAACCUCUACGGCCUCUUUCUCCUCUCCCUCUCGCCGGAGAUCGCCGAGAUCGCUGCUUUCUCCGGGUACGACUUCAUCAUCAUCGAUCUGGAGCAUGGAGCAGGCGGCAUUCGCGAAGCGAUCAACUGCAUCCGCGCCAUCGAAGCCGCGGGGUGCUCGGCCGUUGUCCGCGUCCCUGACGUCACUCAGGCUUGGGCCAAAAAAGCCCUGGAUCUCGGAACGGCUGGGAUCAUGUUCCCCAUGGUUGAAAAUGGACGGUCUGCCUCCGAUGCGGUGUCGUUUUGCAGGUAUCGUCUCGACGGUGUGAGGGGAUGCGCGUACACUGUUGUGAGGGACUCCAAGUUCGGGUUUGACGAGGCUUACCUGGCGAACUACAUCGACAAUUUGCUUAUCAUGUGUCAGAUAGAAUCUGAGGAAGGUGUGAAGAAUGUAAACGAGAUCGUGGCCGUUGAUGGGAUGGACUGUGUGAUGAUGGGUGCACGUGAUCUGAGCGCGAGUUUGGGGCUUCUUCACGACCCGGGUAACCCGAAGGUGAAGUCCACCAUGAGGAUGGCGGAGACUGCGGUGUUGGCUUCCGAUCCGGUGAAAGGAGGAGCUUACUUGGCCGGGAUGGCUACGGCUCAGGACAUGGCCGCGGAUCUCUGGUCACGUGGGUAUCACAUUGUCCUCGGAUCAGCGGACGUCUCCUUGUUCAAGAAGGCAGCCGUUGAUGACGUCAAGGCUAAUAAGAAGUCGGUGGUUGCUGUCAGCGGGGUUUAAGGCUUUUAGGUCUUAGCAUGAAACAUGAGACUUGAUUUGGCUGGGAUAUUAGUUUUUUUUUUUUUUUCAAUGGUAUUAACCGUGCUUGAUGUUAGUUUAAUCGCUUUAUCUAGUUUGCUUUUUAAAUAUUUUAAAUCUAAAAAAAUGAUUGGGAGAAAAAGUAAUUCGAUAGUAUGUUACUACUACUA